GGCAGGUACUCGAUACAAGAGUCCGCUGGCUCAGUCAACCUCCCCAUAUCCUGAAUAAGGUAGAAGGGCGAUCAGAGCCAAGAGGAACAUUUUCCCUACGUGAUUUUCAAAUUUAACGUCCCUGCAGGCCAGGGUACGAGUUCAGAGCUGGUCUCUGUUGAUGGAUGCUUCAGCAUUCUUGCUUUAUCUUGCACCACUGUGAAAGAAAGGAAAGCCAUCAGGUACAGUUGAAACAUGAGUGUGUUAGGCACUGCUGCUGUGGAGACAUACCUUAAAGAGAUGUCCGGGGCUGUGACAGCAGCUGAGGGCUACCUGGAGAAAUGCCACUCCUCCACAGCAAUAGGGGGUUACACCAAGAGGUACCAUCAUGAUGAUUCUUUACCAGUGGAGGGAUAUGUGAAGGAGUUCACCCGCCACUCAAAUGAUGUCCUACUCAAUCUGAAUGAACUUCGCCAUCGGGAAAUACUGACAGAUGCCACCCUGCUGGUGGGUAACACCCAACUACUGGCCCACCGAGCUGUCCUCAUUGCAUGCAGUGGCUUCUUCUAUUCUCUGUUCUCACAUUGUGGUUCUGCGGGUCUCAGCGUUCUCACUCUCCCAGAUACACUGGAUGUCCGUGGAGUGACCCUGCUUUUGGAAUUUAUGUACACGUCACGGCUGCCUCUUACUCUGGACACUGUGGGAGCUGUACUGGCUGCUGCCACCUAUCUGCAGAUGGAGCAUGUAGCAGAUGCCUGUCGUGCCUUCAUUCAGUCCAGAGCCACUACCCAUCCCAGGUCCCGCUUGUUGGAUUACACCUCUUCAGUACUGUGUGCUUCUGCGCAUUCAGAGGUGCUGCUAGGUAGAGGAGUAUAUUGCUGGGGUCCGUCUUUGACACCCUUGUCUUCCAGAGUCCCAACUUCAUCUGUGCCCUCCAAGACCUUGCUCCAGAACAGCUCUACUAUAAAAAACCUUGGAGAGAACAUGCCCCUCUCAGAGAUACAGGGUACUGCUCAGCAAGAAGCUUUGCAUUUUCAAAACCCUGUCAAGGCACUGAGAGUGCUGGAAAGCCAAACAUCAGAAGCAACCAUGGAUCACAGUGGCUUUAAGGAUAUUGCAAAGAAGCAUGAUGGGCAGCAAGAGUCAUGCCAAGCCCACCAAGAUGAAGUGAAAAUUGAAGCAGAGGCUUCUGGGAGCAGGGAGCUAUCCGUAUCACCCUUGCCAACCCCUGAUAGCCCAUCCCGUUCUGGCUGUCAUCCCAACUCUCCUUCUGAGGCCAGCAUCUGUGGAAGUCAGGCAGCGCAGACAGAGGCCCGUCCAAACCCAGACCCCAAAGCCUGUAAUUGGAAAAAGUACAAAUAUAUAGUGUUGAACCCUCUAUGCCGGAGAUCAGCUGUGAAAGAUGAGGAGGAAGAGGAAGAGGAGGAGGAGGAGGAAGGCGACAAGAAACUGGAGGGAGAUGAUCCAGAGCUGGGUCAUACCCCUAGGAGCCCAGAGAGAUGCCCAUCAUCUGACCACUCUGCCCAGGAGGCGGGAGACAAAGAUGAGAUGAGUCAAUCAGUGAGGCUUAUCCCUCGGUACGUUCAGUGUAACGUUUGUCUGCAAAGCUUUGAGCAGGUCUCUCAGCUAUUUCAUCACAUCAUGGCCAGCCACCCUGAGGAGGACCUUCCUGACUUGUCUUCUGCAGCCUCUCGCUGCACGUCCGGUGUUGCCAUGACUUGUACAAUAUGCCAGGGACACUUCACAAAGCAGGAUGCCCAGCACCGACAUUUACUGCAAUGUAAUGGCGACAAUGACCAGCCCAAGUGUGACAGUUGCUGCUCUUCUUUUUGCCACAGUAGCAGCCCGUCAACUCAGAAAAUUGUGCAUGCAGGUGAGAAGCCAUAUCGCUGUAGCAUCUGUGGGGCACAGUUCAACAGACCUGCCAAUCUCAAGACUCACUCACGCAUCCACUCAGGAGAAAAGCCUUAUCGCUGUGAUACAUGUGGAGCCCGCUUUGUUCAGGUAGCUCACCUACGAGCUCAUGUUCUUAUUCAUACUGGAGAGAAGCCAUACCCAUGUGAGACGUGUGGCACACGUUUUCGUCACCUGCAAACUCUCAAGAGCCACAUCCGCAUUCACACAGGGGAAAAACCCUACCAUUGUGAAAAGUGCGAUCUUCACUUCAGGCACAAGAGCCAGCUGAGACUCCACCUGCGGCAGAAGCAUGGCGCAGUAACUAACACCAAGAUCCGCUACAAGGUUCUGUCAGACCCAUACAGAGCAGCAAUUGUAUCCUGCUAAACAUUUCAUGCAGGUCAUGAGAUUACUUUGCACAGUCAAGCAGGAAACUGAGUCCAGACCAAAAUGGAAAAAAAUGGACGUUUUCUCUGUUUGUGAUGCAAUGCCUCCUAUUGACCUUUACCAAAAAAAAAAAAAACUUUUAAUUUGUUCUCAGGGUCAGGGCUGCCAUCACUAAGUAGAUGGUAACAGGGAUUAAACAUGUCUUAAGAAACUUCCUAUGGCAUUUAGUGGUAGAGUAAACUUACUGCAGAUAGGUGGAACAAAUUGGACACCACUUCCUCAAAUUGAAGAAUACUUUUGUCAGAGAAAACCAAUCAGGGAGGCAGGUCAGUGAGCAACCUUCCUCCUAUUCCUAUUGACUAAUGAACUCAAGAUUGUUGCAUUCUGGUCUUGUCAAGUGUAAACAAUGUCAAAUCAAUGUAUUAUGUGCAUUCAGGCAAUGUGGUGAAGGCUUAGAACACUAACCCAUGAGGCUGUCAGUUCAGUGCACACCAUUGACUCACUUUAUAUCCAUGAGCAAGUUGUUUAACCCGAUAAUGAAUUUUACACAGAUUUUAGGAAACAUUUUUAGAGAUGGUGUUCACUAUGGAAAGAUGCUGUAUGAAAUGAAAAGUUAAAUGUUGUUUUUCACUAUAGAAAGGUGAUUAGAGUUGUGGUUCAGUAUGGAAAGUUUGUUUGUUGUGUGAUUACCCGAUUGAUGAUGUUAACUUGUUUUGUGACACACGUUUGUUAAGUUAACUCAUUGUAUCAGCUGCUUGCAGUUACUUUAGCACCAAAAUCUACUUUUCUUAUGCAGCCAGUGGUAAAAAAAAAGUGAUAGGAUUGUUUUUGCUGAUUUUCAAGCCUUGGUGUUAUUAGGAUGGAGGCCUAGGGACUCAGAGCUUUCCUGUCUUCUUUUGAAUUCUUAAAAAGAGUUCUUGGUUAAAACCUUGCAGUGUGUAAUCGGAAUGUACUGAUUCUUAACUCCGUCUUCCUGUAAUGUUCAAAUACAGUGAGGCAAAUUUGAUGAUAACAAAAUGUGUUAGUAAGAUGAAAAAAUGGAAGAAGAAUGGCAGAGUUGGUGAUGAGCAUCCAUUGUUCCCCUCCCUCAUUGAAGUGUAGGUGUAGGAAGCUGUAGUUGGUCUUCGUGGGCAAUGCUCAUAGGUAUGUAGGGUUAAAAAUGGCACAUGUACAGAGUGACUUGUAUGUUGCAACACAAAGUUAGAGGCACACCAUGUUGUUUUAAAAGGUCUAUCACUGUAAACAGAUGUACCAACAAAGCACUUUGAGAUGACUUCCACUAUGUAAAGCCACUAAAAUAUAUAUUAUGAAGUUUAAGGGUGCAGCUAUUUUUUUUUUCAAAAUGCAGAAAGAGAGCAGUCAGGCUAAGGGGUUCCUAACGUUUCUGUAGACACCUAAAAGUCCUGCCUCUUGGCUGCUACAGACUACACUGCAUCUCCAUUCUGGACUUUCACUACAAGGCUCUACAGUGUGCCACCUAGCAGCUUGUCAUAAGCCUACUGCUGGCAUGUAAUGAGGCACAUUUUGUCUGUGUUUUUAAAUAAUCCAAAUGGCUUACUCUGUUGUCCAGGGUAAGCUAUUAAGCCAAAAUCAUAUGUAAUGAAUGAUACAGAUAACCCUAAAAGUCUGUAGGUAUUUUGUGGACUGGACAGUAACAUUUUAGUCAGUUUAAUGUGUGAAGAAAAAGAAACAGCAGACUAAAAGCAAAAAAAAAAGAGAAAACAGACUGCAGCUAAUCUACAGUCAAUGAAGUUAACAGCAAGAGGUGGGGACAAUGUAAAAGAGGGCUUGUUGAAGUUGCUUUCUGUUGCCUAAAGUACGUUGUUUGGUCUGGAAGAGGUUAUAGAACGUUAAAUGAAUAAAAUGAUUCAAAAGUCAGAGGUUAAAGUAGGAAGAAAGUAUAUGAUGCGGCGGAGGAAAGCGUUUGGAAUUGGAUAAUCAGGAGCUUAGACAGUCCAAUGUGUUUAAUUCAGAACUGCGAAUCCAAAUGGACACUGAUGUUCAACGUUUGGACUGAUUAAUCAUUUGCUUGAGUUAGGACUGGAAUGAUUGUGUCAUGAUUGCAAAACUCUGAAAGGUGCCUUUGGAAAACUGAAUAAAUGUCAUCAGUUUAUUGGGUGCUAAUGUUGCCUUGAAAGAGGAGUGUGGCUAUCAGUGUCCCAGGUACCAGGGUUUAUCAUUUUGAAUUGGAGUAAAAUGUAAACAGAAGUCAGACUGUUUGGGAUUUAUCAAUUGUUUGGUGCACCUUAAUAGCUUCCCAAAAUUACAGUGUAGCACACCUGGGUCUAAACUCGAUCGAACAAUCUGGAGAAGUUGGUAUGAAAACUGCUACAUAAUCGCUAAGUUGCAGUCAUAGCACAUAGAGCACUUAGAAUGCGUCUCUUGGCUGCUAGAGUCCAUCUAGCUGGCUGUGUGGGUGCCAGCGAGUGUCAUGGGGAUGGUGGAUAGUGGGCAAACAAGUUGCCUCUGAGGCAGAGGGGGGAAAGUAAAAUGCCCACUGAGUGCUGAGUCUGCAAAUGCUGAUCUCUGAACUGUUUUUAUACUGGCUUCUCUGGUAGUCCUGCCCCUUCAGACAGUUGAGCAUGUGUAUGAGAUAUAAUGUGUUUGUGGACAGUAGAUAAAGGUUGGAAAACACUUCACUGCUCUAUCUAUCUAUCUAUCUAUCUAUCUAUCUAUCUAUCUAUCUAUCUAUCUAUCUGUCUGUCUGUCUGUCUGUCUGUCUGUCUGUCUGUCUGUCUAUCUCUCUGUCUGUCUAUCUCUCUGUCUGUCUGUCUGUCUGUCACAUAUUUUAAAAAAUGGAAGCAUGAUUUGUUCUUUUUAAUAAAACCGGGAUCAUAAGCUAAUAAGAAACCCUGAACCUUGACAGUGAGAGAUCAACUAUGCAUGCUGAUGUUUUUCACUUCAAACACAUGAAUUCCUUUUACAUUUCAUCUAACAGUGUGUGUGCCUGUGUGUGAAAGUAUAACUUUAUCUAAUUUAAUGUUUUUUAUGUAGUGAACACCAUCUCAAGUACUUGACCAGGGCUGAUGAGACUGGCACCAGCCCUCUCCCAGAACAAGGUUAAGCAAGUCUGAUAAAAAAAAAAAUAUGUACAAUAUAUAUAAAUGUUAUUUUCAAAUUUUGCUGUUAUUCAUAGAGUUGAUAUUCAGUAAGGUUCACUAGCUCAUCCAGGGUCAUGCAGUGAGUCAGUGGUAGGCUUUGAGCCGACAACAGUUUCUUAGUCUUGAUGGGACAUACUGUUGCAUUCCGUUACUCUCUGUAACUCUUCAUUUUUUUCCCAUUUAAAACCUGCCUAAUUGUUUUUCUAAAUAACCCUUUAGGGUUUGUGCUCAUGAGUGAACCCUGUCCGGAGUUGGUUCUUUUCUUACAAACAAUGAUGACGGGAUAGCCCAGGUGUGUUAGAAUAAUGCACAACAAUCAAGCUGGAAUAAGGCAGAGUGUGUUUCUGUUGGCCCCUCCAAUAUUUGUAUAAAAAUAUACUGACAGAUCAACGUGGGUCACAUCAAUGUUCACAGUAUCACCAGAAUUGUUUGUUGUUACCUUGUCAGUGUCCUGUCAAUAUAUGAACAUCCCUUCCUUGAAUGUUUCUGCUCAUACUGUAUAAUGAGCCGUAAUGUUGUCAAACAUCUGCUGACCACCGUGUUCUGUUGAUCUCCAUCUGCAUCUGUGUACAUACGUUAAUGGUGGCACUGAAACCAAGUCUUUUAAGCUGAGCCUCAGCUCCCUAACCAAAAGGCCACACACCUCCCCAACCUGACCACUGUCACUACACUGCCUAGUUUUGAAGCCUUCCCAUCUUGCUUCUUGAUGCACCUUUUUUUUCUUAGAAAGUAAAACUCACUGUAGUGAGCAUAAUUUGCCUUUCUUUAAUGAAGUGUGCAGAAUUAAGUUGAUUUGCCAUUGUUUGUAAAACAGGAUCCUUAUUGGCUAUCCUGUUUUUAAAGUCUGGUUGCUCUCAUACCACUGCUGCUGGCACAUCAUAAGCUCUUUGAAAAUGGUGUGCUCCGGGAAGAACUCUUUCUGUUGCUUUUUUUUUUUUUUGGCAUCUAUCUUGCUGUCUUUCUUCUUUCUGAACAUUUUUGGGCCUUCACGUAGUGUUGACUCGCUGUGAAUGUGAAUGCAUCCCAUUGUAGGUGGUGUGUGUAAGUACCACUUUCAGACUUUCCUUUUUCUCUACGGCUUUGCUGCCGCGUAAGCCUUCAAAUGCUUAAUAUUUCAGUUCCUGCGUGGCGUGAGACGACGCCUGACUGCGUUGUGGCUCUGUGCUGAAGGAAUUGGGACCGUUUGAAAGACACUGCGUGACUUUUAAUGGCCCAAAGUGAGAUUGGAAACAUACAAGCUUUGAGAGUUGAUGUAAAUGUAAUAUAAAGAGGAAUUAAAAGAAUCAAAAAGAUUUAUCAUUUUGCUGGCCAAGAUAAAAUAUCUUUUUAUGGGGUAAUAAAAGAUUUUGUUUUCUGUUACAGCUUAAUAUACAGUAUAUAUUUUUAUUAUGCUGGAAUGGUGUAUUUGUAUGGAUUGCUGCUUUAAAUGCUUUAGAAAAUUAUUUUUAUUUUAUUUUAUUUUCUGAAACCAAAGUCUAAAAACGAUCUGCUGUGCAGAAUAUGCUCUUUUUUUAAUUAAAAUUGCAGUUAGUGAUGCUGCUGUCUUUAACCGUUUUGCUGAACCCUUUUUAUGUCGGCGUGCUUAUUUUGUUUUAGGUGGUCUAUUUCACUUCACCUCAUUUAAACAUUUACUGUAUUUCCUCCCUAACUGGUGCCCAUGAAACUUUGUGUUUUUGCUGUUGAUCGGCAGGCCCAUUCUGAAAUCAACGUUCAUUGCACCCUUUUUAUUUUGCCUAGCUGGAAAUUGUUUGACUCUAGCACACCCCCAUGACCCUGUAGUUGGGAUAUAGCGGGUUGGAUAAUGGAUGGAUGGAAAUUGGAUGUUCAAAGGAAAUAGAUUUAAUUAUUUUUUAAGAGAAAUAGGAGCAGGAGACAAAUGGAAUGAAAGGACAAUAACAAAAGAGUGGUCCAAAACGUUGCAAAGAUUCUGUGAUCAGGACAACAAGGCCAAAGGAUCAAAACAAAAAUGCUGCAUUUGAAAGGAAAUAUAGGAAGACAAAAAUGAAAAAAAAAGGACUUGAAAAGGUUCCCUAGAAAUGCCAAGUUUUCACGUAGAAUAUUGUAGGCUUUGUUGCUAUGAAAAGCUUUGGUGCUCCCUAAAGUCCUCCUCUCUACCACCCUACUUGGUAAGGAGGAGUUUGACAAGUGCUUGAAUGCGACCAGCCCAUCAGGCUCAUAAUUGUGAUGCCAAAAGAGCUUACCACCAUACAGCCUUUAAGAGGGAAAUCAGCCAUACAGGAACGUUAAAGGAUUAACAGUUGUUUCAUUUACCGUUUUAUUGCUGUUGUAUGGCACCAGCAAUUCAGUUUCCAAAAACUCAUCCUGAACUUAUCCCUGCAGGACGAGCUUUUAUAUUAGAGGAACUGCUGUAGCAGAAAUUGUUCUGAAGUCCCCCUGUGUGACCUUAAAGGAGUCCAGUGCCAUGCCAGGGCUCAUUCAACAAUGUUGUCCUGUGCACUUGUGAUCUGUAAGUUGUUUUAGAUGUCACCUAAUUAGGUAAACUUUACCACUAUCACUGCCGAGCCCAACAAUAAAUCUACUAAUUCAAACACCCAGACGUUCAUGAGGGAAUCUAUGGAUAUGACAGAGCAGCUUACUUCUGCAAUUUUAAUUUAUAGUUCUGAUGUGAUUGUUCAGAAGACAAAAUGCUGAUCUCUCUUGUCUGCCGCUUUAAUAAAUCUGCAAUAUAUAUUUUAAA